UUUUUUCGCACGCCGUCACUUUUUUGUGAGUGCUUCUACCUUCUUAUAUCAUAGACUAUAAUGUAACACCUCCUUUGUUGUCGUUUCAAGGGCACUGCAGCACCACAGCCCCCUUCCGAGGACUCAGUGUCAAAAGGACUCUUUCAUCUGACUGAUCUUUAUGCCCAGACAACACUUGCACUCGUUCAAUACUUUUCUCUUCACCCUCCCCUCACCGUGGAAGAGAGAAGUUUGGUUUUUGUGGGGAACAGAGCGGGAUUUGGUUUGGUUUGGUUCGGUUUGAUUUGGUUCCAUUUGAUUUGCCGGAUCCUCUAAUGUCCGCUACCACGCCUACCCCAACGAGUGUCGUGCCCUCCGUGGUCAACGCCUCGUCAACUCCACUAUCAUCCGCACCUCCAGCUUGGAAUAGCGAGCCGGCAUGGAAACUGCCCGGAUGGGGUGAGCCGGUGGUGAGUUACCCCCCCAUCUCCGUUCCGUCGUAUUGAUCGGUGGUCGAUUUUCUGACAAACUCCUCGAAAGAUCGUGGCGAGCAUCCUUUUCUUCGCGUGUUUCUACACUCGACGGCGAAAAUACGAUAUCCUCAACAAUCCCAAAUCCGAUUAUCGCUCCCUAUUGGGAAACAAUGGCUCGGCCGAAUUCUCCCCAUCUCCCUCGCGCAGCUCGGUGGACGGUCGGUCAUCGGAUGACGAGGAUGAAGACCUCACCGUCCUCAGCACAUCCAAACACCCACCUAAAACCCGCUCCUGCUGCGGUCUCGCAAUACUGACCCCCAACUCGUCCCGUUUCUCAAACAACUGGCACUCACGCAUUAUGUACAAGUUCCCCUUCCUGAUGGAAAUGUUCUACUGGAUUAUCACCUAUGCUAUAUAUCGAAUUUCGCAUAUUCUCUCGCAAGAGUUAUUCUCGGAUGAUAUUUGGGACGCGGCGCAGGCGAAUGGCUUGAGUGUUUUGAAUGCGGAGCAGUACUCGUUACUGAGGUUCUUUUUCCCGAUUAAGGAGAUUGAUGUGCAAAAGUGGUUUAUGGAUGGGCACCAGGAACUGUUGAGCUUUUUGAAUAAGACUUAUGCCUUGAUUCACAUUCCCGGGACUGUAUUGUAGGUUUUCCCCCGAUGCAUGGCCGCGUCUUUAUGCGAGUCCGGGGCGAAUUUGCUGCUGAUUGGUUGGUUGAUACAGUUUCAUCGCGUGGUACUACUACUCUGCCCCGAAUCAUGCAAUCUUCGCCCUCGUUCGGCGUACCGUAACGCUGUGCAACUGGAUGGCCUUUAUCAUAUUUGCCUUCUUCCCGUGCAUGCCCCCCCGUCUACUCCCGAAGGAAUACGGCUUCAUCGACACUGUUCGCCGUGACGAUGCCGAGUCCGUAUGGAUGUCCGGUAAAUUUGUGAACCACCUUGCCGCCAUGCCGAGUAUGCACUUUGGCUACAGUUUUAUGAUUGGCGUGACACUAGUGUACCACUCUGGCGUGCUCAGCUUCGUGGGACUGGGAUAUGGGGGACGCAAAGGGAAGGUCCUCCAAACUGGCGUUGGCAAAUGGUGGAAGGUUUGGUACUGCGUGCUCGGGAUUUCGUACCCAACCAUGAUUUUGACUACCAUUAUUGCUACAGCUAAUCACGUUCGCCCCCUGUAUAUACAGCCCUCUUUUACAAGGCUGGAGUGCUGACUGGUGAUGAUAGUAUUGGUUGGAUGCCUUCGCUGGAGCACUAGUCGCCGUCAUUGCCUUCCUGUGCAACCGUGUGUUCCUAAUAUUCAUGCCACUGGAGGACCUCCUCCUCUGGGCUCUCCGUCUAGAAAAGCCAAAGCCGAACUGUGGACAUCACGCUCGUUAAUUAUAUCCUCUCUCCCAGAGAUGAUGAUAUUAUAAAAAUGGAACAAUAGGCGGCAUUUUUCCCUUUUUUUUUCUUUUUCCUCUAAACCGGAGUUUUGAGAUGAUUUUUGUCCUUUUUACGCAUUUUUUUAUACAAAAAAAGAACUUUCAUUAUUGUUGGUCGGUUUGGUUUGGCUUGGCAUGGUUUGGUUUGGGUUCUCCCUGUGGAGGGAGGUUGAAGAGGAUUUUCCGAAGGGGGGAGGAAGGAUGGCUGGGGGGUGGGACAGACAUAACGUUAUAUAUAUACCCUUGUGGUCUUUUGGAAUGGUCGGCAAUUAUGGUGGUUGGAAGUGGAGAGGCAAGGAGGAGGAUUGUACUUAGACUAAUAUUGAAGUUUUGAUAUUCCUGCG